AUGAGUCGGUUCGUACGCCCUUCCAAGUACCGUCACGUCUACCCCAACGUCGCCAAGAAGGAGGCUUGCUACGAAAACGUAAAGGUCUCCAACAAUGCCUGGGAUACCAACCUCGUCGCUGCCAACGGCAAGUACAUCUCCAUCAACUGGAACGCUUCUGGCGGUGGUGCCUUCGCCGUCCUCCCCGUCAAUCGUCCGGGCAAGCUUCCGGACAUCUACCCACUCUGCCGCGGUCACACUGCCACCGUCCUAGACACCGCAUUCAGUCCGUUUGAAGACAACUUUGUCGCAUCCGCAUCCGAUGACGGAACCAUUGGUCUCUGGAAGAUCGACGAUGCCAACUUUGACCAGCUCGAGUGGUCCGACAAGGAGAGGGAGCGAAACGGCGGCGUCAAGGACUUCCAACCUCUCGCACGCGUUUCCGGUGGAGGCAGGAAGAUCGGUCAGGUGGUCUGGCAUCCUACCGCUUCCAACGUGCUUGCGGCUGCCACCGGUGACCACGUCGUCAAGCUCUUUGACGUCUCGACUGCUUCCACCGCCGCAUCCUCCCCCAGCAUCAGCUUGCGCGGAUUCACCGACACCAUCCAAUCCCUCGACUGGGACUGGACAGGCACCACCUUGAUUGCCACCUCGCGCGAUCGAAAGAUCCGCACUUUCGACCCGCGUCAAGGCGAGAACCCCGUACAGGUCGCCGAUUCGCACGGAGGAAUCAAGGGCGCUCGUGUCAUCUGGUGCGGCGACAAGGACCGCGCCAUCACCACCGGCUUUUCCAAGAUGUCCGAUCGUCAAAUGUUCCUCUGGGAUACCAACAACCUCGCCAACGGCCCGCUCAAGCAGAUCACCCUCGACACAUCCAGCGGUAUCAUCAUGCCCUUCUGGAGCGACAACAACAUUGUCUUCUUGGCUGGAAAGGGAGAUGGCAACAUUCGAUACUACGAGCUGGAAAACGACGAGCUGCACUACUUGACCGAAUCCAAGUCGAGCGAGCCGCAGCGUGGCCUCACCUUUGUCGGCAGGAGAUUCUUGAACACGGACGAGAACGAGAUUGCCAAGGCGUACAAGAUCACCGGUACCACCAUCCAGCCGGUUUCCUUCUGCGUGCCUAGGAAGGCGGAAGGCUUCCAGAGCGAUAUCUUCCCGCCUGCACCUAGCGCCGAGCCCGCGCUGACCAGCAAGGAGUUCUUCGAGGGUAAGAGGGCGCCGAGGAACAUGGUGAGUUUGGAAACCGGAAGGGGUGUUAGCAGCAGUGGUAGCGUUCCUACCGCCACUUCAGCGGCUGCGACGACGGCGACUCCGGUGAGAGCAGCAAGCCCUACCAAACCGGUCUCUGCACCAACACCAGCACCCGCAGCUGCACCAGUGGCGUCAUCGACUCCGGCAAGAUCUGCUUCGCCCACCAAACCUUCCCCUGCGCCGGCACCCGCAGCGGCGGCUGCACCAGCUGCACAGUCGACUCCCACCCCCUCCUCGGAGUCGAAAUCGACCAGCAACGGCGUCUCCGCUUCCAAGGAGGUGGCGGAUCUACGAGCGCAGAUCGAGCAGCUGAGAACAGCAGUGGAGGAGCGAGAUACGCAGAUCAGACAUUUGGAGCAGGAGAAUGAGACGCUCAAGGCGAACCAGAAGCGUGCUAGGGAGGCGUUGCUCAGCUCGAUCUCUCCAUCCGUAACAAUGCACGCCACCUCCAACAACCGAUCCCCCCUUUCCACCGAUAACCCCGUCAUCUCGCAAUCGAUCCACACCAACGGUCCAUCCGACGCGCCCAACUUCCGCGUUGCCGGCGGUGGAGGUAUCGGCGACAACGACGACGACGAUGACGACGACGACGACGAAGAUGACAUUGCGACGUCGGAUGGUGACGAAGCGAAGACGGAUGUGAGACGGGAGAUGAGCGACCGUCGAACCGAGGUAGUGGUGUGUGUGCUUCGGAAGCAGCCGAUCCAAGAUCCAGAACCGCUAGGCAGAGGCGUAGGGCGAAUGCGACUUGCUGCAACACAACCUAGGCGUGUGCGAGUGAUCGAGAGUGUCGACUGA